ACCCACCAGAUGGCAGUCCUUCUCAACCCAGAGAGAGAGAGAGGGAGAUGUCAUGUGCUUUCUUUACUUAUGUCAUACAAAACCAUCCGAGUGCAGUGUGCUACCAUAUAAAUAGCUUUUGGUACGUGUUCCCCUGGCCUCUUCCUUGAUAGACUAACAACAAACGAAUUGUUAGUAAAUUCUGUACUUCAAGCAGUCAAAUUUGUGGGUGAUGUAUAUUGGCUGUGAAUAUUUGUGUGAAUGUUUUAGAUAAUAAUGGAAUUCAGCAAUAAAUGACUAAGAAAUGUGCUACUGUAGGCUGAAGGAACAAAAUACGCUCUCCACGCCUGUCAAAGUUUUGCCAAAGUGGUCAAUGAAACCGCAUGUUUGAUGAUCAAAUUUGGCUUCACAGUUUAGCAGGCGCUAUCUGUGUAAAGGCUAUAUUUGAGUGAAAUCUGUAAUUUACUCAGUAGCACUGUCUAAUUACUGCCGGCCUGGAUUUGGCCUAGGCUAAAUUAUAUUUGCGCUGUUUAUCCUGCGGUGUUGAGCAGGAUAAAACCACGGUAUUUGUAAAUGAUCCUGUCCCAAAAGCAUUUAAAUGAUUCACAAUACAGUCCUAUUUUGACAUUCUGUAAUUCCGGGUUCGGCAAUUACAAUUGCCUAGCUCUUGCCAUUGUAGCUCUGUCUAACCAUAGGGUAGCCUUCCAUUGGACUAGCAGUGAAGUUGGUUUCAUAUCUGUGUAACCCGCAGAUCACGACCCUUAGAUAAAAGCUACUAGAGCAAGCUGUCAGUGGCAAUUGUUUACGUAAUCUGCUUUACCAUUCUGGGAGAGCUUCGUGAUUUCCACUGAAAAUAAUGAUGUGCAUAAGUGGACGGAUUGAGAGUUGAUAGCGCCGUUAGUUUGCAGCAGAGCGCCCCGCCCUGGUUUUGGAGACAAACACAACUUUUCGCUCGGCCAGCGGCUGUCACCGCAUAGGACCGCAUUACUAAAUGGUGCGUCUGUGAAGAAGCAUGUUCGUUCGACCUACGCUUCUUUUUACAUCGUCGUAAGUGAUGUCAACAUAUUCAUCAUAUAGCCUGGAUAGUGCAUACAUGAAACGAAAAUGUUAUGCAUGUGACGCUGCGUAAGUGUAGCCUGCUCUUCAGUUCGGCAGAUAUCUUGCACCGCGGGCCACAAUUGUUACAGUGGGCGGGCCGUCAUCACAAUGAGUUAUCAAAAUCUGUGAAGAUGAUGAUGGACUGACGAGCCAGGAGUAAACAGUUUGGAGGACUGAAGUUACAAUUCGCGUAAGGACGUUGUUUUUGUUGACUAGUGGCAUUGAGGGUUGCUUCAAAGACAAAUGAAUGCUUGCUCAGCGUAGCAUUUUAAUAUCCAAUGACGGAUAUUACUCCGGAUUUUAUCGUAUGCGUUUGGGGAUUAUGCAGAGAUUUUGAGCUUCCCUGCACGAGCAAACACAGUGAGCUGGGCCGGACAAACGCAAGGGCGAGUGCACGGACGCCAGAAGAGUAGUAACCGAAUGCGCAAUUGUCAAGACCGUUAGACAAUUCCUGGAAAAAACAGCAGAGCGAGAGGAAGGUUCCUCUCCGUUGUGCUCUCCCACUGCAAGCAUCCAGUUUAUGUCAUAGCAAACAUUUCAGGAUGCCUCUGAUAAGCCUGGACGACGACGAUCAGAGAUGGGUUCCCACGCAUGUAAAUGUGACCGUCCUUCGGGCAAGGGGAUUGAGAACGAAGGGCAAACACGGCAGCCGCUAUGUUUACACCAUCAUUCAGCUGGGGAAAGAGAAAUACACCACUGGUCUGGUGGAGAAGGGAGCGGAACCGGAGUGGAUUGAAGAAUGUGCUUUCGAACUAAUGCCCGGGUUGUUGGAGUUGGAAGGAACGGGUGCCUAUCCCCCGGGAAGCAGCAACUUGGUCCUCACAGUGAUGCAUCGAGUGCUAAUUGGACUUGACGUGUUUCUUGGUCAAACUAUUGUCCCCCUGGACGAGGUCUUUCAAGAUGGAAUGUGCCCGAGAAAUGAAUGGCUGAAGCUCCACUCAAAGGCAGGCAGGCCAGAGAAAGAGCGAGGGGACUUAAAUGUGACGGUCCAGUUCACCCGCAACAACCUAACAGCCAGCAUGUAUGACCUGUCCGUCAAAGACAAGCCCCGCUCCGCCUUCGGCAAGCUCAAGGACCGUGUCACAGGCCGGAAGAGGGAGGUGGAGUCCUCCUCGGCCAUCGUCCCCGGCCGCUUUGCCGCCCUCUCGGGGUCCGCGGGCCAUCCGUUCAGCGAGGGGGCGCAGAGAGAGGAGGAGCAAACGGAGGAACCCGUCGUGGAGGAGAGGGAACGCAGAGGCAGCAAGGUCAAGGACUUCUUCGGGAAGCUGCGGAAGUCCUCGGACACGAGGUCCUGCUCAUCCUUGGCCUCGGACAGCAGCAUGGCGUCCUCGGCAGGAGAGCCCUUCUGCCCUCCAGUGGAGCUCUCCAGCACCCCCAUCUACAGCAGCAGGGUGGUGGCCGAGAGCUUCCGCGGAGAGACGGAGGCAGGAGGAAAAGCCUUCACACAACAGGACCCUAAGGUGAUGACACACAAGCGUGCCUACAGCGACGAGGCCAGCAAGGUCACCACCACCUCCUCCUCCUCUGUCCCCCGGUCCUGCCCCGCGGUGGAGACCCUGAAAGGCCAGAGCAUGGUGCUGUCCAAGUCCUCUCUGUGCAUCAACGGCAGCCACGUGUACUCCCCUGAGACCGCUGGCCCCGCAGGACCCAAGGCUAACCCGGGCACGCUGCCUGCUCGACGGGCACUGCUGGAGAAGUGCUCUCCGCUCUCGCGCUCCCUCCAGAACCUCACGCGCCGCGGCGACGACCCUCAGAAGGCCGCCCUUGCCGGAGGGGACGGUCGGCGCUGGUCCUUCGACAAAACCAAGAAGGAGGACGGCGGCGCUGAUCAGGCAGCUGCCGGUGCCUCAGCCCAGGGCGCAGCGUCCGCGGACGAAUGCUCCGUGCAGGCUGCAACAGCCCCGGCGGAAACGGCCGAUAAGGGGAAGAGGCUGAGGAGGACUCUGUUCUCGAGCGCGAGGAGCGACUCGCUGCCGGCCAAGUCGGAACACGGCCCGGCCAGCGCUCCUCACGAGGGUCGGCUCAAGGGCUGGUUUGGCUCCGGCGACUCCCAGAACAAGCCAAGCCUGGAAGUCUCUCCUAAGGUAGAGAACAGCCCAGACACCCCCUUACCCCUCCAUCACCGCCUCCACAACCAGCCACAGCACCCCGCUCCUAGCCAUCCCGCGCACGUUCCCUCAUCCCCCGCCAACGGCUGUCACGCUAACCCCUUCACCCCAUCCCCGCCUCCCACCUCCAUUCCCAUAUCCCCCUCCAACCCCUUCCUCACGCGCCUGCAGAGCAACCCAUUUUUCGAGGAGCUCUUAGCCGAAGAGGCUCUGAAGUCUCCCCCGGCUGCCGGCUACCCCGGCUCGCCUCUCUCCCAGUACGCGGCCCACCUCGCAAACCCGAGCCUCCCCAGCCCUGCCCAUCGCGGUGGCAUGCGGAAGGACAGGGCCGGCAUUAAGAGGGAGCGCCCCAGGAGCGUGGCUAGGCAGAGGUCCCUCCCGGUGCUGUUGCCUGGAAGUUCAGGGUCGCCAGCGAGCAGCCUUCCCAACUCGUCCACCAACCGCUCGCUUUCAGAGAACAUUACGGAGUGGGACGAAUCGUUCGAGGCCUUCGCCGCAAGCAGGCUGAAAUCGCCAAACGACACGCCUUCUGCACCAAACUCAACAACAACCCCGGACAAUUACCACGCUGUCCCAGACAUUAGUGGAGGUGGUCGAAAAGGAUUCCCGCAGCCAACAGAAGUUCCUCCCCUGCCCCCUCGCAGACCUGCUGGAGCACCCUCCAAAGACAGAAGCUCGCAGAGUUGGUUGGGAAGCGCCGAAGAGCUCGCUGUGCAGAGGGAGGCCUGUUUCCUGACCCAGUCAGACCUGGCCUCUCGUCAGCAUGUGAGAGAGCGAAAACACAGGAGAAACACCAAAAGUUGGACCCUUGGCGAAGAGCCCCCUGCAGAAAGUACACUCUGGGAUUUGCACAGCGAUCCCGAACACCAUUACGUGAAUAUGUGUUUCACGUCAGCGAUAUCAGAGGUCGCAGAGUCCAGUGAUGUAAACAACAGAACACAAACGAGUGGAGAACAUGGCUGGAAGGCGGGUUCAUCGGAGAGAGACAGUCCUGAUGCGCAAGAAAGACGCAAUAUGGAAAGAAAGAACAACGCACUUAAUUCUUCUCAUUUUGACAUGAACAAAGACGUUGUCCUGAGCAUGGCACUGGGCUUUGCGACAGAAAAUAUAUUAGACAGGAGCCCACUUUCUGAUGAUAAGCCUGUGACCUCUCCACUCCUCGUCAACAUUGUCACAAGUGAUAGUGAAAAACCACACAAGGCUCACAAGGACCUUACUCAUACUGAAUUGGAGCCUUUAGACAGGAGCCUUUGUGAACUUAGCCUGAGGCCAGACUGUCCAUCCGACCAUUCAGACAAGACCAAGGUGACCAAUGGGAUUAGCUCUUUUGUGGUUACCACCCCAGAGUCAGUUAAAAACAUAGACAGUUGUGACUUCGCAUUUGUAGACUCUGACAGUUCCCCGUCCGACAUGACUAUUAACACUUUUGAGAUUUACGACCAGAAUGCUAACAAGAUGUUGACGGCUUUUCAGAUGGUCUCUACCGUCGAUUCCUCAGGGAAGCCCGUGUCCACGCCGGUGACUGCAGCAGUGAAGUCAGACCUCAAGGCAUCUGAGUUGGAGAUGCUCUCCAGCACAACCCCUUCUUUCUCAGUGUGUGAAACAAAGCAAGUGUCUGAACCCAGUGUCCUCAAAGCUGACUCAUUGCAUAAUGAGCAAGGGGAUUGCUCACCUCAUUAUAAAUCCUCUCGUGGUGGGAAAGGAGGUUGCCAAGCCCAUGGGAAUACUUCAUUUGAAGAGGAAAUUAGACUCGACUUUGGAGACGAGAGACACACAUCUUUUAACUGUGAGCUACCAAAUCACCCUUUAAAUCCUAGAAACCAGGCUGGAAAUGUCAUCGGUGCAGAGAUAAGAGGAACAGAGUUGACAUCCUCCACAACGAAUUGUAUUAACAGUUGUACUCCACUGGGUUUGAUACAUAGGGACAAUGAUUCAUUCACAGAUGCGCUAUGCAACAAAGAUGGCUGUGUGUCUAGUGAACUCUCUCUUCGAGCACUGCCACUGACACAGGCCUGUCAAAGACCAAGUCAAUCCUCAGACCAACAAAGCACACUAUUUGACCAGUCAGUGGUAGAUAACACCAGGUCAGAUGCAGACCCCACAGGUGAAGUGGGUGAUACCCUCGGUGGAGGCAGCCAAACUGAUGAAGAACCACAGCCUGGAGAAUCAGAGAAUAGUGAGGGUAGUCCUGCUCUCCAGUCAGACCAGGAGAUGAGUUUUGCUGACUUGCAUGCCAGGGUGGCCCCGAGAUCCUCAAACUCCAUCCGGCCCACAGGGUCCCUCCUGCAUGAGUCGCCUUCUUCUUCGUCCUCUCCCACACAAGUCACUGACACUAGCGCCAAACCUGACCCCAGCUCACCCCCCGACCCCAACACCUCCCCUCAAAAUGCCAUACCCAAAGCAGGAGGCACACACAAUCUGGUCUCCACCACCUCCUCCUCCUCCUGCUCCUGCUCCUCCUCCUCCACCUUCACAUCCGCUGCCAUUUCUUCCUGUUCCUCCUGCCCUGUCCAAUCCAUGGUUGACGCACGGCACACUGUCACACCUGGGGAGACACAGCCAGCUAGCGGUUUCCUGCCCCAUCAGGAGAGCAGCCCCCACCUGGUCAAGCCCCUGAACACAUCAGCUCCACCCGGGGAGAGGAAGUCAGAGGGACGCUCUGUGCUGGAGAAGCUCAAGUCCACCAUCCACCCGGGCCGCUCCACCCAGCCCAGUGCAGCAGAGGUCGCUGAGAGAGAGGCCCGGAUGACGGAGGCACGAGCCCAGUACCAGAACAUGACCAACAUGGAGCUGAUCUCGCUGCUGCUGCAGCAGGAGGUGGAGGUGGAGCGGCAGCGGGCGGAGGCAGAGCUGCAGGGCGCCCUGCUGGAGAAGCGCGACACGGAGCUCAAGAAGAUGAAGGUGCAGGUGCGCGACCUGGAGGACUACAUUGACAAGCUGCUGGUGCGCAUCAUGGAGCAGACGCCCACACUGCUGCAGAAAACAACAGUAAAGCCAAAUUCUUAGAAAACGUCAAUGGCACCAGAAUAAACCCCCUCUGAAAACACUAAUCUGAUGUACUAGCCCUCUCCAUAUCAAAUUAGGGGUAAUAAACAUGCCCUGUUGUCGGGCCUGACAACAUAAACAGCCUGAACAACAACAGGUGACCCUUUCUUACAAAUUUAGUCUGAAUCGAAUUCUGCUGGAGUAGCUUCGAAAUAGAACUUCCCAUUGUAUUCUGUGUUAAAAGACUCAGGUUGGAAAUGAUGGUGUUCUUGGAACUGAAAAGGAAAGACUUUGCCGGUGUGUUUCAUAACUGGUUUGUAUUAUAGUUAGUCUUCAGCUUUGAACUCAUGGAAUAUAGUCUUUUAGUGUACCAAAGUGUUAGUAGUCUGUGCAGCUAGGAGCAUUCCUUAACAGAAGAGCAUUUAAUGAACAUCAUGAGUAUCUACAGUUUUGGCAAUCGAUUGUCUUCCCAUGACAACCCAGAAAUACCCAGUGCACGCUCAUUGCUUUAAAACAUGUGCAAAAAAAUAGGGGAAUGCCUUGAAAACCAUAUAUGCAUAUACUGUAAACCAUAUAUUGCAACAUACUUGGCUGUAUUUGUUGUUCUCACAGCUUUUGUUGUUGCUUCAGAAAUAACCCUUUCUAUGCAUUUCCUAUAGUAACACUUGGAAAUACUAUGGAUUCUGUAAUAUAUGCAUAAUAAAAAACAGAGAUAAAUGCACUUAUGUCCUCCACAAGCUUCACAUGCAAUAAGAGAAGACGCUGCUAGUGGUAAUGUAUGUCACCUUAAUGUACAGCAUCUGUAUCUUUCAGUAUAUGCCCCAAUGUAAUACAGCUACAUGCGUCAUAGUGUUACAUACAUGUGUUACUCAUGCCUUCAUAAUGGCAUCAAUAAUGUCAUUUUGGUUGGAUAAAAGUCUGGACAUUUUGCUGACAGAUUAAUUUAAGUGGUGUUUUUUCUCAGAUUGGGUUGGAUGCUAAUGUUGCUGUAACAACCACUACUUUCUAGUUACACAUUUCAGAUAAAGGAAUGUAAUACAAAACACAAAUACUGAUCAUUUUACUUGUCAGGGGAAUCUUCUUUUCACAGUUUAAAUGUCAAAAAAUGUUUGAACAAGCACGAAUGUUUGAGCAGUUUAUGGUGUUGAAGGAAGUUGUACUAAUGUUACGUUUUCACAGCACUUAAAAUGUCUGUCCAACAUCUAUAAUGUGAUGGCAACUUCAGUGCCCAUCAGUAGCCUGUUUGUCUUAUUCAAAAUAAGAGCAAACUUUACACAGCACUGUGAUCUCCCUGUCAACUUGCUACUUGAGCAGAUUACCCAUUUUGUUACAUGGCUUUGUAGAUUAAGGAAGUAAUUAAUUUGUGUAUUUUUUAUUGUUACUUUAUUUAUUUGUUUAUGCUGUGUUACAAAGGAAAUUUAAAAAUAAAGGCAUAUUGUUUGAGUUUCGGGGACUUGAAUUUGUCUGUUAAAUGAUUUCAAAUGGAGCUAUUGUUUCUCAUUUGUCAUGAUGUGUUUUAAAGUUGUCCACAAGAUGGCAGUAUACACCAUACAUGUCUCAUGCUCAGGAACUAUUCCGUUGGUGCAAAUUGUAAUCUGGAGGACACUGAUUUUACCUGUUUAAUUCUGUUUAGUUGUAAGGGCGUAGACAGACUGUAGACCUUGUGCUCAAAAUACGAUUCCCCUGGAUUCGGUGAGAGAAUUGUUCCAGAAAUGCUGACCUCAUCAUUAUAAAGAUUAUUUUGAGUAGGCCUAAAUACAUUUUCAGACCAUUGUAAUACUGUUGCAAUUGCAUAUUGAGGCUUUUUGUGUACAUCAGCUAUUUCAUCUACACUGAAAAAUAAGUAUGCUACCUGAGAGGUAGGUUUUUAAAAAUUUAGAAAGACCUGGAAAGUAACAUUAGCCUACAGUUACCAUUAUGAGACAGUAACUGAAUUACAAUCUGUAAAUUUGGUUUAAAGGUAUAUUUUAAAUAUUGCCAGCCAUGCUAAACAAUAUGCCAUACUGAACAACUCUUUAUUUGUGUUGACAGCUGAAACACAUUAGCCUACAUAGUUUUUUUUACAGAGUUGAAACUGGUAUUAGGUAGGCUAAAUGACUAGCUGACUAUUCUGACCCAUCUCCCGUUUUGUCAUUUCUCCCGGUAAUGUCCCGUAUUUUACAAGGUCCAAACGUAUUUUAUUAAUAAUCAAAUCAAAAUGUUUGUCCAAUGUUCUAAAGUUGCCCGAUCAUGUAUGAAACGCAAUCAUUUCUCACACAAUA